CCUGUGUAAGUUUACUGGAACAAAUUACCUCAAACAAAUGAUACUCCUCGGAUGUAAACACUGUACUUAUAGUAUGAUUUUUCUUUUAUGUUUCAUAUAUAGGACAUCAAUUUAUCUGAGGAGGAGUGUAGUGUAGAAGACAGUUAUUCAUCAGGAGAAGAGUACAUUCCAGAUUCUGCAUCUGAAAGCUUGGACUCUGAAUAUGACAUUGACUCUGACAAAAAUCAAGAAAAAACAAGAAGAGAAGAUGGGCAGAUCCUUUUAGAGACAUCAAGAUUGGAUAUUUCAGAGGACGUUCAGAUUAACCGUUCCAUUGGAGAUGUUCAAAACAGCAAUGAGACUACAGUAACAGAAGACAAAUUGGAAAGCUGCGUAGGAACAACUGAGAAAAAUUAUUGUUUUGUGUGUGGAAAGCCUCAAACUAAAAUUACACGACAUUUCAAAAUACAUGAAAAAGAAUGUCUAAAAAUUGCUCAAGCUCUUAGCCUCCCCAGUGGAUCCAAAACCAGAAAAAUACUGUUGGAAAAAUUUAGAAAUGAGGGAAAUUUUAAGCACAAUGCAGAAGUACAAAAGACUGGAAUAGGUUGUCUGAAAGUAAAAAGGAUCCCAAAAACUAGCAACAGAAAAGAAACAUUUGACUACUGUUUGUACUGUAAAGGAAUGUUUGCGAAGAAAGAACUGUGGAGACAUGCACGGAGAUGCCCUUUAAAAUCUAUAGCCCACAGAGAGAGCUCACAUGAUGCAUUUAAAGACAGAAGAAAAGUUUUGGGUGUGGCAACCUCUCAAUCAACCCUGUCCCAACCCAUAUCUGAUGGUGUGUGGAAGAUAUUGUCGAAAAUGCAUCAGGAUGAUGUGUCACUUGCAGUGAGAAAUGACCAUUACAUACUGCAACUUGCUCAGUCAUUAUUUAAUAAACAUGGCCAUGACCCAUCUAAACAUGAAUACAUUCGCCAAAAAAUAAGAGAACUUGGUCGAUUAAUUGUCACCCUUCAUAAUACUACGAACAUUCAUAACCUGGAAGAAGCCAUACAGCCCCGGAACUUCAUCACACUCACCAAUGCAGUAAAGGAUGUAGCAGGAUUUGAUGGUGAAAACAACAGCUACAAGUCUCCAAGCCUUGCUUUAAAAAUUGGUCAUUCUCUGAGAAAGGUCAGUGACCUCAUACAGUGUCGAGCACUCAUGACGGAUGAUCAGGAGGGCAUCAGAUCUGUCGAAAUGUUCCAAAAACUGUAUGAAGCCAAAUGGUCAGAGUUCGUCUCCCAUUCUGCUUUGUCAAAUCUAAGUGAAGCAAAAUACAAUAAAGCUUCCUCUCUGCCACUAACUAGAGACAUACAAAAGCUCCAUCAAUUCUUAGAUCAGGAGGCAGAAUCAGCACUGAAGGUUCUAAAAGGGACAUCAUGUGCUACAAAUUAUGCUAAACUGUCUAGAUUGACUCUUUGUCAAGUCAUUCUUUUUAACAGGAGACGGGCAGGCGAAGUGUCAAAGAUGACUGUUAAAAAUUACCAGGACCGCAAGACUUCAAAGUUAAGUGAUGUGAACUUUGGCCUGUCUGAGAUGGAAAAAAAACUUUCUGAGCAUUUUGCCAGAGUUGAGUUAAGAGGCAAAAGAGAUCGAAAGGUUGCUGUUCUUCUCACUCCCAAAAUGACCACUGCCCUUUCACUUCUUGUAAGCAAAAGACAGGAAUGUGGUGUGGAGGACUCAAACACCUACCUUUUUGGAAUUCCUCGAUGUCAGAGCCACUACAGGGGUCAAGACUGCCUUAGAUCCUAUGCAGAUUUGUGCGGUGCAGAAAACCCAGCAUACUUGAGGUCUACAAACCUAAGAAAACAUGUUGCUACGAUCAGCCAGGUGAUGAACCUAAAAGAUAAUGAGUUGGACCAACUUGCUGAUUUUCUUGGGCAUGAUAUACGAGUGCACAGGGAAUUUUAUCGCCUGCCAGAGUCCACAAUUCAGGUGGCAAAAAUUUCUAAACUGCUUUUGGCUAUGGAAAAGGGAAGUCUGUCCAACAUCCAGGGAAAGUCCCUUGACCAGAUUGAUGAUGAAGUGGAUAUGAGCAAUGCCAGCAAGGAAGGAGUUGAGGCAGACAUUUUUACCACUUGGCAAACUGAGGGAGAAGGUGGAAACAUUGGUGCAGGCAGCAGUGUGGCUUCUUCUGGAAAUACUGCGCAAAGAGGAAGAAAGACGGCUUAUGUGAAGCAACCAUGGAGCAGUCUGGAAACUAAGGCUGUCAUGAAGCACUUUGGGCAGCACAUAAAGAAAGGAAAGUUAGCUACCUUGACAGAGUGCGAAGCAUGCAAAGAAGCAGAAAACCCCAUUCUGGAGAAACGGACAUUACAAAAUAUUAGAGACUUUGUGCGAAACAGGGGAAUAUCUCACAAGCGCCUUUUACUUUCAGUAGAUAGAUAAGUAAAGGUGUACUGCUGUAUGAAUCAGUUAUGUGAGGUGUAGUGCUGUAUGAAUCAGUUCUGUGAGGUGUACUGAUGUAUGAAUCAGUUCUGAAGGGUGUACUGCUGUAUGAAUCAGUUAUGUGAGGUGUACUGCUGUAUGAAUCAGUUCUGAAGGGUGUACUGCUGUAUGAAUCAGUUCUGUAGGGUGUACUGCUGUAUGAAUCAGUUCUGUGAGGUGUAGUGCUGUAUGAAUCAGUUCUGUAGGGUGUACUGCUGUAUGAAUCAGUUCUGUGAGGUGUACUGCUGUAUGAAUCAGUUAUGUGAGGUGUACUGCUGUAUGAAUCAGUUAUGUGAGGUGUACUGCUGUAUGAAUCAGUUCUGUGAGGUGUAGUGCUGUAUGAAUCAGUUCUGUAGGGUGUACUACUGUAUGAAUCAGUUCUGUGAGGUGUACUGCUGUAUGAAUCAGUUCUGUAGGGUGUACUGCUGUAUGAAUCAGUUAUGUGAGGUGUACUGCUGUAUGAAUCAGUUCUGAAGGGUGUACUGCUGUAUGAAUCAGUUAUGUGAGGUGUACUGCUGUAUGAAUCAGUUCUGUGAGGUGUAGUGCUGUAUCAGUUCUGUGAGGUGUACUGCUGUAUGAAUCAGUUCUGUGAGGUGUAGUGCUGUAUGAAUCAGUUCUGUGAGGUGUACUGCUGUAUGAAUCAGUUAUGUGAGGUGUAGUGCUGUAUGAAUCAGUUCUGUGAGGUGUACUGCUGUAUGAAUCAGUUCUGUAGGGUGUACUGCUGUAUGAAUCAGUUCUGUGAGGUGUACUGCUGUAUGAAUCAGUUCUGUAGGGUGUACUGCUGUAUGAAUCAGUUAUGUGAGGUGUAGUGCUGUAUGAAUCAGUUCUGUGAGGUGUACUGCUGUAUGAAUCAGUUCUGUAGGGUGUACUGCUGUAUGAAUCAGUUCUGUGAGGUGUACUGCUGUAUGAAUCAGUUCUGUAGGGUGUACUGCUGUAUGAAUCAGUUAUGUGAGGUGUACUGCUGUAUGAAUCAGUUAUGUGAGGUGUACUGCUGUAUGAAUCAGUUCUGUGAGGUGUACUGCUGUAUGAAUCAGUUCUGUGAGGUGUACUGCUGUAUGAAUCAGUUAUGUGAGGUGUAGUGCUGUAUGAAUCAGUUCUGUGAGGUGUACUGCUGUAUGAAUCAGUUAUGUGAGGUGUACUGCUGUAUGAAUCAGUUCUGUGAGGUGUAGUGCUGUAUCAGUUAUGUGAGGUGUACUGCUGUAUGAAUCAGUUAUGUGAGGUGUACUGCUGUAUGAAUCAGUUGUGAGGUGUACUGCUGUAUGAAUCAGUUAUGUGAGGUGUAGUGCUGUAUGAAUCAGUUCUGUGAGGUGUAGUGCUGUAUCAGUUAUGUGAGGUGUACUGCUGUAUGAAUCAGUUAUGUGAGGUGUACUGCUGUAUGAAUCAGUUAUGUGAGGUGUAGUGCUGUAUGAAUCAGUUCUGUGAGGUGUACUGCUGUAUGAAUCAGUUCUGUAGGGUGUACUGCUGUAUGAAUCAGUUCUGUGAGGUGUACUGCUGUAUGAAUCAGUUCUGUAGGGUGUACUGCUGUAUGAAUCAGUUAUGUGAGGUGUACUGCUGUAUGAAUCAGUUAUGUGAGGUGUACUGCUGUAUGAAUCAGUUCUGUGAGGUGUACUGCUGUAUGAAUCAGUUCUGUGAGGUGUACUGCUGUAUGAAUCAGUUAUGUGAGGUGUAGUGCUGUAUGAAUCAGUUCUGUGAGGUGUACUGCUGUAUGAAUCAGUUCUGUGAGGUGUACUGCUGUAUGAAUCAGUUAUGUGAGGUGUACUGCUGUAUGAAUCAGUUCUGUGAGGUGUAGUGCUGUAUCAGUUAUGUGAGGUGUACUGCUGUAUGAAUCAGUUAUGUGAGGUGUACUGCUGUAUGAAUCAGUUGUGAGGUGUACUGCUGUAUGAAUCAGUUAUGUGAGGUGUAGUGCUGUAUGAAUCAGUUCUGUGAGGUGUAGUGCUGUAUCAGUUAUGUGAGGUGUACUGCUGUAUGAAUCAGUUAUGUGAGGUGUACUGCUGUAUGAAUCAGUUAUGUGAGGUGUAGUGCUGUAUCAGUUCUGUGAGGUGUACUGCUGCAUGAAUCAGUUAUGUGAGGUGUAGUGCUGUAUCAGUUCUGUGAGGUGUACUGCUGUAUGAAUCAGUUAUGUGAGGUGUACUGCUGUAUGAAUCAGUUCUGUGAGGUGUACUGCUGUAUGAAUCAGUUCUGUAGGGUGUACUGCUGUAUGAAUCAGUUAUGUGAGGUGUACUGCUGUAUGAAUCAGUUAUGUGAGGUGUACUGCUCUAUGAAUCAGUUAUGUGAGGUGUACUGCUGUAUGAAUCAGUUCUGUGAGGUGUACUGCUGUAUGAAUCAGUUAUGUGAGGUGUACUGCUCUAUGAAUCAGUUAUGUGAGGUGUAGUGCUGUAUGAAUCAGUUCUGUGAGGUGUACUGCUGUAUGAAUCAGUUCUGUGAGGUGUACUGCUGUAUGAAUCAGUUAUGUGAGGUGUAGUGCUGUAUGAAUCAGUUAUGUGAGGUGUACUGCUGUAUGAAUCAGUUCUGUGAGGUGUACUGCUGUAUGAAUCAGUUAUGUGAGGUGUACUGCUGUAUGAAUCAGUUAUGUGAGGUGUACAGCUGUAUGAAUCAGUUAUGUGAGGUGUAGUGCUGUAUGAAUCAGUUAUGUGAGGUGUACUGCUGUAUGAAUCAGUUCUGUAGGGUGUACUGCUGUAUGAAUCAGUUAUGUGAGGUGUACUGCUGUAUGAAUCAGUUAUGUGAGGUGUAGUGCUGUAUGAAUCAGUUCUGAAGGGUGUACUGCUGUAUGAAUCAGUUCUGUGAGGUGUACUGCUGUAUGAAUCAGUUAUGUGAGGUGUAGUGCUGUAUGAAUCAGUUCUGUGAGGUGUACUGCUGUAUGAAUCAGUUCUGUGAGGUGUACUGCUGUAUGAAUCAGUUAUGUGAGGUGUAGUGCUGUAUGAAUCAGUUAUGUGAGGUGUACUGCUGUAUGAAUCAGUUAUGUGAGGUGUACUGCUGUAUGAAUCAGUUAUGUGAGGUGUAGUGCUGUAUGAAUCAGUUCUGUAGGGUGUACUACUGUAUGAAUCAGUUCUGUGAGGUGUACUGCUGUAUGAAUCAGUUCUGUAGGGUGUACUGCUGUAUGAAUCAGUUAUGUGAGGUGUACUGCUGUAUGAAUCAGUUCUGUGAGGUGUAGUGCUGUAUCAGUUCUGUGAGGUGUACUGCUGUAUGAAUCAGUUCUGUGAGGUGUAGUGCUGUAUGAAUCAGUUCUGUGAGGUGUACUGCUGUAUGAAUCAGUUAUGUGAGGUGUAGUGCUGUAUGAAUCAGUUCUGUGAGGUGUACUGCUGUAUGAAUCAGUUCUGUAGGGUGUACUGCUGUAUGAAUCAGUUCUGUGAGGUGUACUGCUGUAUGAAUCAGUUAUGUGAGGUGUAGUGCUGUAUGAAUCAGUUAUGUGAGGUGUACUGCUGUAUGAAUCAGUUAUGUGAGGUGUACUGCUGUAUGAAUCAGUUCUGUGAGGUGUACUGCUGUAUGAAUCAGUUCUGUGAGGUGUACUGCUGUAUGAAUCAGUUAUGUGAGGUGUAGUGCUGUAUGAAUCAGUUCUGUGAGGUGUACUGCUGUAUGAAUCAGUUCUGUGAGGUGUACUGCUGUAUGAAUCAGUUAUGUGAGGUGUACUGCUGUAUGAAUCAGUUAUGUGAGGUGUAGUGCUGUAUCAGUUAUGUGAGGUGUACUGCUGUAUGAAUCAGUUAUGUGAGGUGUACUGCUGUAUGAAUCAGUUAUGUGAGGUGUACUGCUGUAUGAAUCAGUUAUGUGAGGUGUAGUGCUGUAUGAAUCAGUUCUGUGAGGUGUAGUGCUGUAUCAGUUAUGUGAGGUGUACUGCUGUAUGAAUCAGUUAUGUGAGGUGUACUGCUGUAUGAAUCAGUUAUGUGAGGUGUAGUGCUGUAUCAGUUCUGUGAGGUGUACUGCUGUAUGAAUCAGUUCUGUGAGGUGUACAGCUGUAUGAAUCAGUUAUGUGAGGUGUAGUGCUGCAUGAAUCAGUUAUGUGAGGUGUAGUGCUGUAUCAGUUCUGUGAGGUGUACUGCUGUAUGAAUCAGUUAUGUGAGGUGUAGUGCUGCAUGAAUCAGUUAUGUGAGGUGUAGUGCUGUAUCAGUUCUGUGAGGUGUACUGCUGUAUGAAUCAGUUCUGUGAGGUGUAGUGCUGCAUGAAUCAGUUAUGUGAGGUGUAGUGCUGUAUCAGUUCUGUGAGGUGUACUGCUGUAUGAAUCAGUUAUGUGAGGUGUACUGCUGUAUGAAUCAGUUCUGUGAGGUGUACUGCUGUAUGAAUCAGUUAUGUGAGGUGUACUGCUCUAUGAAUCAGUUAUGUGAGGUGUAGUGCUGUAUGAAUCAGUUCUGUGAGGUGUACUGCUGUAUGAAUCAGUUCUGUGAGGUGUACUGCUGUAUGAAUCAGUUAUGUGAGGUGUAGUGCUGUAUGAAUCAGUUCUGUGAGGUGUACUGCUGUAUGAAUCAGUUAUGUGAGGUGUACUGCUGUAUGAAUCAGUUAUGUGAGGUGUACUGCUGUAUGAAUCAGUUAUGUGAGGUGUACUGCUGUAUGAAUCAGUUCUGUGAGGUGUACUGCUGUAUGAAUCAGUUAUGUGAGGUGUACUGCUGUAUGAAUCAGUUCUGUGAGGUGUACUGCUGUAUGAAUCAGUUAUGUGAGGUGUACUGCUGUAUGAAUCAGUUAUGUGAGGUGUACUGCUGUAUGAAUCAGUUAUGUGAGGUGUAGUGCUGUAUGAAUCAGUUCUGUGAGGUGUACUGCUGUAUGAAUCAGUUCUGUAGGGUGUACUGCUGUAUGAAUCAGUUAUGUGAGGUGUACUGCUGUAUGAAUCAGUUAUGUGAGGUGUAGUGCUGUAUGAAUCAGUUCUGAAGGGUGUACUGCUGUAUGAAUCAGUUCUGUGAGGUGUACAGCUGUAUGAAUCAGUUAUGUGAGGUGUAGUGCUGUAUGAAUCAGUUAUGUGAGGUGUAGUGCUGUAUGAAUCAGUUCUGUGAGGUGUAGUGCUGUAUGAAUCAGUUCUGUGAGGUGUACUGCUGUAUGAAUCAGUUAUGUGAGGUGUAGUGCUGUAUGAAUCAGUUCUGAAGGGUGUACUGCUGUAUGAAUCAGUUCUGUGAGGUGUACUGCUGUAUGAAUCAGUUCUGUGAGGUGUACUGCUGUAUGAAUCAGUUCUGUGAGGUGUACUGCUGUAUGAAUCAGUUCUGUGAGGUGUACUGCUGUAUGAAUCAGUUCUGUAGGGUGUACUGCUGUAUGAAUCAGUUAUGUGAGGUGUACUGCUGUAUGAAUCAGUUAUGUGAGGUGUACUGCUGUAUGAAUCAGUUCUGUGAGGUGUACUGCUGUAUGAAUCAGUUCUGUGAGGUGUACUGCUGUAUGAAUCAGUUCUGUGAGGUGUACUGCAAAAUAUUUUCUAUUUCUAUUUUACAAAGUAAAAAUUAUUUUAAAUAAAAAAAUAGUUCAGCAAAUGUAAUGUAAGAUGCGAAGUUGAUAAACAGUUAAUUUAUUUGUAAAAUAAAGCAUGUUUAGUUGGAGCUGGUUGAUUGAUUUGGUGUAGUUCAGUCACAGGAGGUACUGUGUUAUUAGCGAGAGUCUGAGGGGUGGGGUUGUCCUGUGCUAUGUGUUUUACACAUCAUAGAUAAAUGAGUCUUUAACAGCAAAAUACCCUGAAGCUUCAGGUGAAGCAGCCACUGAAUCUCUAACCUAAAGAACCGAGAAAAGCAGCAUAAAUCCAAACAAGGAAGAUCCCGCAAUGAGUACCUACCUAUCACUAGGCUUCACAUGUGAUUAGACUGUCUGCCCGAGCCGAAUUCCCACCGCUUUCAGGAAAACGGUCUAUGACGCUUUUAAUGAUAAUAAUCACAAUACAGCAAAGUAACAAAGCAAACCGUGAUCUUUGUGAUGUUGCACAGGUGAUAAAUGUAAUUUAAUUGUAUGGUAUUAUAAUUACGUAGCGCUGGUCUGUGGCCAUGCUACACGCGAACUUCUCCGCAGCUCCGCACGUCAUUCAUAUCGCUGCGCCACGCAACUUGCGGGUCAAGAUAACAGAAACGUUUAGGGCAGAAAUCAGAAAAUAUAUAUACACACAUACAUACAUACAUACAUACAUAGAGGAAACUGAAACACCUGUCAUCAUUUUAGUGUGGGAUUUUAGGUUUCAUGGCUAAAUUGGAGCAGCCUGGUGGCCGAUCUUCAUUAAUUGCACAUUGCACCAGUAAGAGCAGAGUGUGAAGGUUCAAUUAGCAGGGUAAGAGCACAGUUUUACUCUAAAUAUUGCAAUGCACACAACAUUAUGGGAGACAUACCAGAGUUCAAAAGAGGACAAAUUGUUGGUCACAGAUGCUCCAGCAAAAUGGCACCAAGACAGCAAGUCUUUGUGAUGUAUCAAGAGCCACGGUAUCCAGGGUACCAGAACUGUCCGUCGGGAGCUCCACAGGGCAAUCUAAAACCAGGUGUUUCAGUUUCAUUGUCCAACCCUUGUAUAUAUAUAUAUAUAUAUGUAUAUAUAUAUAUAUAUAGAUAGAUAGAUAGAUAGAUAGAUAGAUAGAUAGAUAGAUAGAUAGAUAGAUAUAGAUAUAUAGAUGGCACAAGAUCUUGAGAAAUUUUAAAACAGCACAAUGAUUUCUUGUCAGGAGUUAAAUAUGUCUCUAUGCGCGCGCACAAAACAAUUUUAAGGCAAUUUAUUUACUUAUUAACAGUGUACAGAUCAGUAUACAGAUCAUUUCAAGAAUGUGCAAGGCAUGUGGCCUACCUGAUUUUCUUUGCAAACAUUUACAACAAAUCAAAGAACAUUUUAAACACACUUUAAAAUGAACACAUGUCCAAGAUAAGUACUCUUCAUAACUGAAAUACAGAACAUGGCUAUUUAAAUCGUAAUAAACUUAAUCGUAAUAAAAUAUUUCUAUUUAUUUAGCUGCCUUAUAUUUAGAAGACAAGUAAUCUCUUAUACAUUUUCAUUUGUACUUAACUGCAUUUGUUCUCUCUUGCCAUCUGCUGCCUUUUUUGUCGUAGGCACUUUUUUUAUAGAGUGACUCUGAAGUUUGCUGAGUUUGUGUUUUGGAUACCUUGCCUAGGUGGUUUAGGUUCGUCUUGGACAGUGGGAUCCAGAAGCUUUUCAUAUUACUCAUACUCUGUCUGAUGGUUUGUACGGAGAUGAUGGAACAGGUUAAGUUAGUUGUCGAUCUAUCUUUAAUGUCAAGCAGUUUUUACAGAGUUUUUACAUGUCACCGUGUUUAGAAUAAUGUCCGGCUUUUCGAGUCCAAACUCGUCCGGUAAUUAAAUCCAGGGUAGUAGACUGAGAUGCUGGUGGUGUCUGAGCGUUUUACUCUGGCGCAGUGCAUUCAUUCACUUUCAGUGCUGUUUUAGCCAGCUAUUCUAACGCUAGCUUUAGCAUAUGCUAGUACAAUGUAGGACACUCAAUGCACACGCGUAGCAACCUAUACUAACACUAGAUGCGUGGAGUCAAUGGGCUUUGAUUGUUGUUUUUUCCUCAGUGAAUAGCAUACUUGAUAGAAUUUUCUCUAUACAUAUUGCUGUUAUAUUUUGAAAAUGAAUGAUAAACAUGAACAGACUUUAAUUUGAAUAUAAUCUGUUCUUUUUUACUAUAACUUGGCAGAAUUUCAUGUUUAAUAUACUUUUUCGUAACUAAUGCUGUGCUUAUAUUGUCAAUGAGUUUGUUCCAAAUCUGUUUUUGUUUCUGCAAGGUAUUCCCAGUGUUUCAUCCAGCAUUCUUGUGAAGAAGACGAGGUCUGUUGUGAAGAGGCCAUGGUCCCAGGAUGAGACUAAAGCUGUCUUUAGACACCUAAAGGGUCACAUCAUGGAUGGACGUACUGCCUCCAAAGAGGACUGUGAAAAAUGCAAAAUGGCAGAGCAUCCGGUAUUAGCAGCCAGAACAGUUCAAAAUAUCCGAGACUUUGUGAGAAAUAGGGGUAUAUCCCUUAGGAGACAUGACAAUGAAGACUGAUGUGGAUCAGUAAAAAAAUAUUAGAUGUUUUUGCCUCUGUCCUGUCAACAACAGUCAACAAUGGUCCCAUGUUAGGGCUUUAUUGAACGGACAUUUCACUAAUUUUCACAAGUGACUAAUUUACACUACAUUUUAAAUGGAGUUUUCCCAUUGACUUGAAAAUACAGUCUAAGACUAGGCUUAAUCCCGGUCUGAGAAACUUUCCCAUAUAUUUCUAGAUACACAGAUAAGCCUUAACAUUUAAAAACACGUUCUUGUUUCUAAUUAAUAGUUAAUUUUACCAUAUAUGUAGAUCAGAUCCAUGUACUGUAUAUUAGCACUGCAUAGUUGUACAGUUACUGCCUGUGUCACUGUAUACUUUAAUGCCCUGUUGUUCAUUGGUCAGGACUCCCACAGUACGACCAUAGGGCAAGUACCCGAUUGGUGGAGCGGCUGACGUGGUGGUGUGUUAUUGUGUUGUGCUGGUGUGAGUGGAUUAGACACAACAGUGCUGCUAGUUUUUUUACACACUGUAUCCACUCUUGUAAACAAUCCUUUGUUGUUGAUCCAUUUUGUAGAAGUCAGAGAAUUUAUAGGUCCUCUGCUACUGUACAGGACGCUGUUGGCUGGAAAGUUUUGGUUGGUUGACAGUCACUACUAGACUGAAAUUUGAGGUGUUUUAAAAUCUAGCAGCAUUGCUAUAUCUGAUCUACUCACAGCAUGAAUUUCAGUAAUUUUUAGUCAGUUACUGUUUUCUUAUUUGUGAAGUUUAUCUGUUUUCAACAAACAUUUUAACAAUGAAACCUUUUAACUUAAUUGAACUAGAAUGCCAAAUAUAAAAGAAACCUAAUAGCCCAUACAAACUAGAGAGUUUGAAGUUGGAUAUCUUGAUGUCUUUUCAAUUAAAUACAGUUAUUAAAUUAUCA